GUGGCGCUCGGUAAUGAGGCAGCGGAAAGGGGGCGGGGCCAAGCCGCGCCGCUCUGAGCUAACGCUCGCGAGCCCGACUGAGUAAGGGGAGAAGUGGCCGUUGGGACUUGGGGAGGGGGAGAGGUUGAGUGUGUGUGAGAGACGCAUCUCUCCCCUUCGGGAGGGUUUUCUCUCCACUAUGAGCUUCCUGAUCGACUCCAGCAUCAUGGUCGUAUCUCAGGUAACGAGGCCCCCGCUCCUUCCCUCUCCCCCCGCCAUGCAGCCACAGCUAUGUUACCCCCCCCCGAAAAAGGAGUUGGAACUUCCUAGUCUCAUCCCACUUAGGCAGAACGAGGCGAUAGGAAGGUGGACGGGACCACUUCCGGCUGCAGGUGAAGGAGGAUGGACUGUACCAUUUUUGAAAGUGGGCGGGGGGAGAGACCCACAUUUUCCAGUGCUUCAAUAUGCUGAGAAAGAAAAAAGAGAGGCAAACCCGGUGGCACAGAAGGGAUUGGGCUGGGUUGGAACUUCUCUGCUUGCAGAGCUCUAUCUUUCCAGGUUUUUCACCUGCAGGAACCUCCAGGAGCAAGGACAUUUACCUGUACUCUGAAGUGGUGCACCUGUUCUGCCAGCUCAUCGUGCAGCAUCUGUAGACUAGGCCCGUGCCAGCUAUGCCAAAACAGAGUGGGAGGUGGGCUAGGGCCCUCCCACUUUAUCAUGUGGCAAGCUGUCUCUCCCUCCCUGCCAACUGCAAUCUUUCAACUUGUUUCCCAUGUUUCUUAAAGGGGAUGCUGCACUUCAGAAGUGGCUUAUGGGGUCCAUUUUUAUCCAUGGCUCUUCAGAUUGCAUGUGGGGUUCUUGGCAUACUUGGUUUGUGGGAUUAUUAUUAAUUAAACUUCCUACUUGCUUGUUACACCAAAAGGCGUCUAAGUGAGUUGCAACUUAAAAACAUAAGAAAAAGUAAAAGCACAUUGUAACCUGCCCAUUUACACAAAAACACAUGUGGGUCAUGAGCACAGGAACUUCUUUUGUAAGGAUGACCUUGUUUAUAUUUCAUAUCUUGGGUGUCUGGUGUGUUAGGGUGGAUUACAGUACUUUAAAAUAAAAAUUUACAAAUAGUUCAAAACUCAAGUACUUAUGGCCAGACUUUUGUUAGUUUUUUGAAGGAUGUUGAAACAUAGAUGUUUAUAAUCAGCAUUUUCUUAAGUUGUAUGCUGGACUUUUAAACUGCUGCUAUGCUUUAGUUGGAUAAUAUAUGUAUUUUAAAAACUUGUUUUAGGGUGUUGUUAUGCAAGCCACUUUGGAAGAGGUUUGUCUUGAAAGGUGGCAUAAACAAAUAAAAUAGGAUUGCAUUGUCAGUGUUCUAAUGACACAUACUUCCAGAAGUUCAAAACCUUGGAUAAAAAGUAUAUUGACUCCCACUCUCUUCUGUUUUUAAUGUGCCAGAGCAAAUAGAUGAAGUAUUGCUGCUAUCUUCUCAUGUGGCAUUGCUUCAGUGUUUGAAACUCCCAUUGUUCAAGGUGCAUUUUGCAACAGGGAAUUUCAUUAGCUGAGCAGUUUCUUAUCUCUGUGUGCAGUACUGUGCCUGAGAUUUCAGAUUAAAACUGUAGAGUGGAAUGAAAGAGGAAUGCUUUUCUGGCUCCCCUUGUCCAGCUACUCUCUGAAGCCUGGAGAAGAGACCCUCUUAAGAAUAUUACGGGGGUGGGCAGGGGAAGGACACUAGACCAUGUGAAAAAUGGACAUAAUAUUUUAUCUGCAGUUUAUUUUCAGCUUUGUAUUCUUGUUAUAAAAAAGCACACCUAGACAUUCUGUUGUUGCACCCAUAACCUAGGUUUAAGGUGCUAUUUAGCUACUAGUUUUCAUAAUCUCAGUUUCUAACACUGCAUGGUUUCAUAUUUUAGAAACCUCAGUUUUUUUUGUCAAUACUGUUUAUUUGUUCUAGGAAGAAACAAAUCCCAAUCUAGUUACACCACAGUUUAAAAAUAACUUGUAUUUUAGUGUACAGUGGUACCUCAGGUUAAGUACUUAAUUCAUUCUGGAGGUCCGUAUUUAACCUGAAACUGUUCUUAACCUGAAGCACCAGUUUAGCUAAUGGGGCCUCCUGCUGCUGCUGCGCCGCCGGAGCACGGUUUCUGUUCUCAUCCUGAAGCAAAGUUCUUAACCUGAAGCACUAUUUCUGGGUUAGCGGAGUCUGUAACCUGGAGCGUAUACAACCUGAGGUACCACUGUAUCAAGUAUCUUACUUUGAAAGCAGAAAUAUACUUGCAUGUACUAAGAACUUUUAAGAUUUCAGAAUUUUGAAAUGGCAAAAUUUGAAACCGUUAACUGCCCUUCUGUCCCUCUGCAGGUGCUGUUCUUUGGAUUUGGAUGGCUGUUCUUCAUGCGUCGGCUCUUCAAAGAUUAUGAGGUGGGAACCAUCAACUGUAACUUUAGUGUGACCUGAAAGUGAAGCUGCCAAUAUAGGAAGAUAUAAAGUUGAGUUCAAAUAAUUUAUGAAACAAUCCUGAAGCAGAUGUCAGUGGAUCUGCACGAUCCUAAGCAUCCUUGUUCUCCUGAAAUGUCCCCAAACUGGUUGCAAAAUUCUGCCAGCCCUGGAUUUAUUCUCUCUUAUAGUGGUCAGUGAGGGAAACCUUACAGAAACUGACCAUGACAGGAAAUAUAAGAAAAAGCCUGUCCCUCCACCUUCUGCCCUGGCUGGCAAUUUCUCUCCUGGGAAUCUCACUCCUUCAGAUUGUUAUACCAUCUUAUACCUGCUUACCUGAGAAGAAGCCCUCUUGAACUCAGGGGCUUACUUAGGAAGCCAUCUUAUACCAAGUUGGAGCAGUUGUCCAUCCAGCUCAGUAUUGUCUUCACUGACUUGCAGCAGCUCUCCAAGAUUUCAGUCGGAGUUGUUCCCAGCCCUACUUGGAGAGGCUGGGGAUUGAAAGUAGAUGUUCCAUAUUCAAAGCAGAUGAUCUACACUGAGCUAUGGUCCAUGCUUGCUUCUGAGUAGGUUUGCAUAUUGGCUAGCUCCCUAGGGGAACCUUUGACCAUCCAGAUGUUAACAAAUGACAACUCCCAUCAGCCUCAGCAGCCAUGGACAGUGGCUAGGGAUGAUGGGAGCUGUAGUUCAGCAAGAACUGGAGGGCCAAAAGCCAUAAACCUAAGCACAUUCACUUGAGUGAAAACCUCAUUGAGACAUAGUUGUGAGUACUUAUGCAUUGGAAUGGACUUUAUGACUCCUUACUGUUAUGUUUGUUUGAUCAGUUGGAUCAAAACACAGUUUAGAGUUGCUUACAAUUUUAAAAAGAUUUUCUGCAUUUAAUCAGAUGUCAGAGAAAAUAGUUACAGGAGGCGAAAUAAUUAUCUGUUAACCUAUCAGUAAAGGCUUAUUUGAGAACUUGGGUAUAAGUCCCAUUGUAUGUUUACAUCUUAAGGCACCGACAUAUUCUUUCCACUCAGAAAUGAAUGUCAAAUACUUUGCUUGUGGAAGUGACUUCUUUUUACUCUACUGGUUUUAUUACAGGUGCGGCAGUAUGUUGUACAGGUUGUCUUCUCUGUCACCUUUGCGUUUUCCUGCACCAUGUUUGAACUUAUCAUUUUUGAGAUACUAGGGGUCCUAAACAGCAGGUAAGCAUAGCAGCUAAUGUUAGAAUAUUUCAGACAGGACUGUCACCUUAAUGCCUUUGAUGGGCUCAUUUAUUUGUUUCGUUCUGGUCCUGUCAAGCUAUAAAUGAUUAAGAAUGAUUUAAAAAACUCCUCUGUGGUGAUGAUCUGGUAGUGAACAGCCCUUCUCUUAUUUUUCAGCUCUAGGUAUUUUCACUGGAAGUUGAACCUCUGUGUCAUUUUGCUUGUCCUUGUAUUCAUGGUUCCCUUUUACAUCGGCUACUUUGUUGUGAGCAACAUCCGAUUGUGUAAGUUUGCAUGUACCUCGAAACGCUAUAGUGGCCCAAGCGCUUUAGGUUGCCAGCCAAAGUAACACUUGUCAUUCCAAAUAGAUAACAACCUUAAUAAUUUUUGACUUUCUUUGUUAUUAAUUUUAGUGCACAGACACAGACUGCUUUUUGCCUGUGUUGUCUGGCUAACAUUCAUGUAUUUCUUCUGGAAACUGGGGGAUCCAUUUCCUAUCCUCAGUCCAAAACAUGGUGAGUUUCAUACAACAUUUCAGUUCAUUGUCUGCAGCUUAUGAGCUCCCUGAAAUGAUUCACUGUCCGUAGCGUACAGUAUCUGUACAUAGCAUACCUGACUAUUUAUGCUUUAUCUGUGCUGACAAAAGGGACCCUCAUGUUUAAUGGUAUUGUGGGGAAAAGUCUGGAUAUCUGAAUUAAUGAGUGGUUUUUGUUGACAGUUGAUAGAUCAGAUACUCAUACCACACAAUCCAGUGCAUAGGUUUCUUUCUUAGACUGCAUAGGUUUCUUUCUUAGACUGCAGUUCUAACUAUGUUUACUCUAAGACCUGUUGAAUUUAGAGGGGCUUACUUCCAGGUAAGUGGGGUUAGGACUGCAGCUUUGGAUGCUUUCUUAAUGUCACCUGGAUCUUUCUUAGCCCUCUAAAGUUGCAACAAACAUCUGCAAUCACAUGCUCGUUUUGUAAAAAUAGUAAGUCCUGAGGAAAUCCUGACCUAUAAAAUUUAUUAUUUCUAGAAAGAAUUUUUCAGCACAUGGUGUGUCCAGAAAUUGAGUAUUUCUGUAUUCCUUUGCUUAUUGCAAGGGGUGUAUGAGAUGGCACAUUUUUUCUAGUAUCCUUACAGGAGAGUACUCACAUCUCUUUGAAAUUAUGCCAGUAGAUGCUAAAUAACUGAAGCUAUACUAGGAAUUUUAGAACAAAAUGAUUUGUGCAAAUGUAACUGUAGUGCUUUUCUGCUUUUCUGUAUUCUCGAGAACAUAGUGACAGAAUUAACUUAAUAUUUUCUUUUCUGUUAGGAAUUCUAUCCAUAGAACAACUCAUCAGUCGAGUGGGAGUGAUUGGGGUGACCCUCAUGGCUCUACUUUCGGGGUUUGGUGCAGUCAAUUGCCCAUACACAUAUAUGUCGUAUUUUCUGAGGUAAAUGGUGUUUCCUGAUUUUUGAUUCCUUCAGACCAUGUUUUCAGAAAUGCCUCCUCAGAGUUGGUAGUUCCACCCCAUCCCCUCUGUGGGACGCUGAUUCUAGCAUUAUAUGUGCAGUCUUAUUAUUGGCCCUAUCUAGAAUAUGAGUACAGUGGUACCUUGGGUUACAGACGCUUCAGGUUAUGCGUUUUCAGGUUGCGUACCGCACCAAACCUCGAAGUACCAGAAUGGGUUACUUUCGGUUUCGGCACUCGCGCAUAUGCAGAAGUGCUAAAUCGUGCUAUGCGCAGAAGCACCGAAUCGCAGCCUACAUGUGUACAGACGCUGCACUGCGGGUUGUGAAUGUGCCUCCCGCACGGAUCACAUUCACAACCCGAGGUUCCACUGUAUUAUGCUCCACUGGAACUGGGUUAAGAGGAGUGGCUUAAAAUUGGGGAAGCUUUGGGUUGGACAUUACUGUUAUUGGAAGUCAGAACCAUAUCAAUAGGUUUGUAUGGGUGUCUGUUACAGGAAUGUGACAGAUGCAGACAUUCUAGCUCUGGAGCGUCGUCUCCUCCAAACCAUGGACAUGAUCAUCAGCAAGAAGAAAAGGUGAGACCAACUACAGCAGGAAAUCCUUUACUUCUUUUGAAGUAACUUCAUCACAGAAAUUUGCCAGUGGAUGGAUGAUUUCUAUUGUUUAGAGGAUCAGAGAAUAAAAGAGCUAAAAUAGUUACAAAACUGGUGAACUGGAUGGAAUGAGUUUGUUUAAAAUAUUCUUAUACUACCUCUUUUUUUAAAAAAAUAAAUAAAUCAUGAGGCGGUUAACAAAAAUACAACUUAUUAAAAUUGUGAUAAAGCAAAAAUAUAAGAGCUCUACAAAAAUAAAAACCAAUAUAAAACAACCCAUAGCAGAUAUUACAAGGUCACAGGAGGUAGAUACUGAAGGCCUGCAAAGGCCUGGGAGAAAAAGUCAGUUUUAAGCAAUCGCAGAAUGAACAUCAUUGAUUGCCGCUUGCCUUUUACAAGAGACGUGAUGAUUCCACAAGUGGGUUCCUCUCCUGACAAAGGGCUUCCAUUGUGGCUAAUUCGGUCCCCAAACCAUGCUGAAGUGACUCAUAUCAGUUUCUUCCAAGAGUGCCUUGAGCUGAGCUGCCACCCCCCUUGUGCUGUGCCAUUAGAUGUGAAUUAGAUGCCACAGGAAGGGGAGUCAAUUGAAGUGGCCUCUAUGUUGUGCCUGUUUCAUAAUGCUCCAUGAGGCACCCAAGUUUUGAUUUUCAUGGGUAGAACUGCCAACUACAUAAAUAAUACUGAUCAUGUUUUCAGUAAAGAAGUUUCUAUGUUAUAUUAUGAUGAAUUGUUUUAGGAUGACAUGAGUUGCCUUGAAAGGGUUAGCACUGAUAGAUAGCAUAUAAAUGAUGACAUAAGUAAAAUAAACGUAAACUUUGUGAACUAAUGCCGUUACUUUAAUGGCUGAAGUCUGCAGAAAAGCUUUGUAUUAUCUUUAUUACCUAGGAGCAAAAUAAAAUAAAUUCAUUUAUCUGUACCUAAUUGUGGAGGCCUCCUGACUCUUACCUAAAGACAUGGAAGUCAGCUACUGAUAUUGCUUAGGAAAUGCAUGAUUACCACUUUCCUGAAUUGUGUUAAUAUACACUUUUUCAAAAGUUCGUCUGUUACGUUGACAGCAACGUUUUGAAUUACAGAUUUUGAAAAAUCUAAACUUUGAAAUGUGAUGAUUUGUUUUUGGUUCUAGUUUGUAUCUCUCUUUUUUAGCACUUGACUUUUCCUCCCAAUCAGGAUUGCGAUGGUUCACAGAAACAUGUUCCAGAGGGGGGAAGUUAACAACAAGCCCACUGGUUUCUGGGGGAUGAUAAAAAGUGUGGCAUCAUCUUCACCAGGCAGCGAAAGUAUCCUUUAUUUCCUUAGUUCUACUUUGGGGAAUGGGAAAGGGGGAAACCAUAACGGAGCUGAGUUAAGAUAAAAGGAAAAGGGGGAAAUGUAAGGAUCUCAUUUACUAUUGUGCAGAUUACAGACUAUGCAGAAUCCCUUACCUUCCACUCCUUGAGAUUAGCAUACCUCAGAGUGAACAACUCUUAACUCAAGCCUAAGCACCAGGGCCUGAUCUAGUGGGGGCACUUAUGCUCAUGCCCACUUUUACAUAAGUGAGAAAUUAUUAUAGAUGUUGCCUGAUGGGAAAUAUGGAACUGGGCAUGGAUUUAGUUAUGUAGCCUUGAUAUAUCAGUACCAUGCAUUGUUAAUACCAUACAGCAACAUGAUUUUCAGGGGACCGAUAAGCUGCCCCGGAAGCAUGUAGUUCUGGCAUUAGUAUUGCUAUAUGUAUAUUUUAGUAUACAAUGUGCAUCACCAGUUGUAAUCCUGCAGGUGGCAGCAGUGUACAGUUUCUGAUUUGUAGCCCAGGAGUUAGAAAGUAAAGGACCUGUUAUUUCAGAAAAUGUCAAGGCUUUUUUUUCAUGCAAUGGCUCAGGAAUGAAAAGGAACAUUGAAAUAUGUAUUGUUUUUGGAUGGUAUUAUCCAUGAUUUUGUCCUUGACAACUGUCAUUUACCAGAUCUGGCAGUUAUCCAGCAGGAGGUAGAUGCUUUGGAGGAGCUGAGUCAGCAGCUUUUCUUGGAAACUGCUGACCUGCAUGCUACCAAGGUGCAGGCAAAGGGGGACUGUCCGUUCUCAUGCCUGAUGGGUGGGUGAAAGGGAAAAAAGACUUUAGAAAUCUACUAGCAAGCAAACACUAUACAGGAGAUGUAGCUUUAUGAUACUCUGAUAAGUAGCCAUUAGCCUUCUCUGGGAUCAUGUCCUCUAGAGUAAAUCACAAUUUUAUGUUGCAUUUGGUUAUCCCAGUCUAGAUAUAUUUUUGUUCAUAUUAUUGCUAUUUGCACUUCUUGAUCACUUUAAAAAAAUUCUAACUCAAAGUGACUUUUAAAAAGCAACAUAAAACUAAAGCAGAGUAAAAGCCAAAAACACAGUCAUAACACAUCUCACCUACUUUAGUAGAUAAUUCUGCAGAUAAUUCAAGGCCCAUGGCUUAGGGGAAGAGACAAAGUUUUGCUGGGUGCCUAAAAGUAGAUAGUGAUCACUGCAGGUGUGCUUCCCUUUAUUAAUCAAGGCUUCAUCAAGUGGUCAAUAUGUGUGCCUUAUUGAAACACGUUGAAAGGGAGAGCAUGCAUGCUGUUGUGACAUUAAGGGCAUCCCUGAAAGCUUGGAGAUCUGGGUUUAUUCUGUUGUGUCACUUGAAUUUAUACUCUCCAGGGCCUAUGCAAACGUGGCUCUGGCAGCACCUCACAGAUUCUUCAUCUGUAAAGGGGCCUGCUUGCUUUAUCUCUGUCACUUGGUCUGUAUGAGAUGGAAAUCGUUUUAUUUCAUGAUAAGAAACCCAUGAAAUAGGAUGUGCUGGCUUUAGAAUGCACCUGGACGCCUCCUGAACCUGAACAUUGUCUUCUUUGCAGGAGAGGAUAGAAUACUCUAAAACAUUCCAAGGGAAAUACUUUAACUUUCUGGGCUACUUUUUCUCAAUCUACUGUGUCUGGAAAAUUUUUAUGGUAUGUAUCUGUGCCAUUGGAAUGGUAGUUUAUAUUUUGCAAAGGCUGUGAUUGGAAGGAGAUUUCUGCAUCUUGUAAUCUUAAUAUGUAAAUAUUAUUCAGCAACAAGAGUUCAGGCAGUUUUUAAAAUUGACCUCUUGUUGAAUUUCAGUAAGACUGAUUUUAAGGCCAAAGUAGGAUGUCCAUCUUAUAACUACAUAGUAUCACUGGGCAGUAUUACCUGUCUCUUUGUGUGUGUGUGUGUGUGUGUGUGUGUGUGCGCGCGCAUAUGCACGCACAUCCAUGCUUUGUAGCCUGUUUACCAUGCUGGGCAAUUUCCUGUGAAAACGGCGUUGUAUGUGUGAUGUUUUUAGUGAAGGUAGCUUAAGUAAUAUGAUGCCUCUUUCUCUCUCAUCAUCAGGCAACAAUCAAUAUUGUAUUUGACAGAGUUGGAAAGACGGACCCAGUCACACGAGGAAUUGAGAUAACUGUGAACUAUUUGGGGAUCCAGUUUGAUGUAAGGACUGUUUUAAAAUCCACCUUCUUUCUUCAGUUUUCCUUUAUUCUUAUUUCAUUCUACUCUGUUCUGAGCUGGAUAUUAAUUCAAUGCGCUAACUACCUCUAAAAAUUUCUGUGGGUACUGAAAUGAGUGAUUCUAAAACUUUAGAAAAUCCAUACGUAUCACUGGGUUUUCAAUAGAACUAUGCAUCUUUAAAAUUUAAGUUCCAGUCUUCUGUUUGCCCAGAAGAUGGCAGUACUCCUAUCUUAGGUAUUAGAGAAUGCAUUGGCCUAUACACCUUUAGUCACUCUAAAAAGAAGUUUAAAUCCAGUGUUGUGUACACCAACCUGGUAAGACCUCUUGGUUUAUCUGCUAUAGGUUUAUAUGAAAAUAUUCUUGCUUGAACUUCUCCGGAGGACACUGAAUGUAUAAACAAUAUCUGAAAAUAAGCAGCCUACUAAAUCCAUACUCUGUAGAUGUGAGCAUCUCUGUGAGCUUAACUGUUUCCUUUCUGUGUUAUUGCAGGUAAAAUUCUGGUCUCAACAUAUUUCCUUUAUCCUUGUUGGAAUAAUUAUUGUCACCUCUAUCAGGGGUUUAUUGAUUACACUCACAAAGGUAGGCCUGUGCGUAUUCUUAUUAUAUAAUGAGUAUAAGCAGAAAAGUGUGAGUUCAUCAGAACUUAGCUCUUAAGAAUUUUGGGGCAGAACGACACAACACUCACAACACAUGCAAACACUAAAAGCAGCACCACAAGGUUGGACCCCCUCCUUCCCCUUAGUAGCAUGUAGUUCCACCAACCUCAUGACUUGUGUUGUCAUGCUGAGCAACUCUCCCACCCUGAGCCACAUUCUUCUCUGGUGAGGACAAGAGAAUGCUCCCAGUGUGUCUUUAUCAUUGGGUAUAUAAGUGGAUAGCUAAGGAGUUGUACAGACCAUUUUGAUGGUUAGAAAGCUAUGACAUUAUGCAACAGAAUAGCCAUUUCUACUGUCCCUUGAAAUUUAAUUAGAAUGUUGUACUUAGAACAUCAUAUUGGAUGAUAUAUCUAUAUAUAGAUGGUUUUCUGUGUUUUGUCUUCCAGUUUUUCUACGCUAUCUCAAGCAGCAAGUCUUCCAAUGUCAUUGUUCUGCUAUUGGCACAAAUAAUGGUGAGUGUUUUAGCCCCAAAUGGUGAAAAGCUACUUCUUGCCCACUCUUAGCUAUGUAAGCAGCUGGAAAUGGGGAUGCCUGAUGUUUCCUUUCUCUCUUCUGCAGGGGAUGUAUUUUGUGUCUUCAGUGCUUCUGAUUCGAAUGAGUAUGCCUCCAGAGUAUCGCACCAUCAUUACGGAAGUUCUAGGAGAAUUACAGUUUAACUUCUACCACCGCUGGUUUGAUGUUAUAUUUCUGGUCAGUGCUCUCUCCAGCAUCCUCUUCCUCUACCUGGCGCAUAAGCAGGCUCCUGAAAAGCACAUGGCACUCUGAAUCCAUCUUGGUUCUUCAUUGUGUGAUGGACGAAAGCAAAGUAUUUGGCAUAUUGCCAUCUUUUUUUGCGAUGGAUUAUCAGUUCUUGGACAAGAACCAAAUACGUCAGCGUAGGCAAAAGGAGAGGCAAGAAAUAGCCCCAAGAAACAACCCUUGUGCUAUAAGCAUGUCCUUGAGAGGAAAUAAAUCACAAGGAGUGAAAGGGCAGCUCUCUCUAAAGCAGAAUGGGAAGAAACAAUUCUGUGAUGUUUAGUAAGUGUGAUUGGCAAGAUGUCUGCUUAAAUGUCUUAAUCUGGAAGUAGUGAUUCUGGAACUGAACAUCUAAAUAAACCAGCUUUUAUAACAAUUCACAAUAUUGUUGUGAUAACCCUACAGACUUUGGAAAUGAGUUACUUCUCCGAAGAUGGAAUGAAGAGUGGUGAAUUAACAAGGGUCUGGAUAUUUCAAAAGCAGCUCUGGGCAGCUUGUGACCAAUCAAACUGAAUGUUGCUUGCCAGGGUUUUGUUCCUACCCUGUCUAGUGUUGGCAUGUCACUGUAUCAUUAGUGGGCUGUGUAGCCCUUGUCAGAGAAGGUAUAUCUCAGCCCCUUUGCUGUUUCAUGGGAUCUUAGCUCAGUCCUUAUCCAUUUCCAUUCCAUAUUGUAAGGAGAAAUGAUGCAGAAAUUUGAUAGCAAAUAUUCCUAUGUAUAUUACAUAUAUGAUGUUGGUUUUCCUCCUUGUAGAUCCCACUGUAACCUAACAUAUUGCUGAUGAAACCUACCUCUUGAUUCCAGAAUUAGGUGUAUCAGAGAAACCCUCCAUAUGGCUAGGAAGUGGAUACUCAGGGCAAUGAUAAGGCAGCUCAGUGAGACAUGGAUUAAAAAUGGUCAUGUUGUAGUUAGGUAGAUUCAAAAGCUCUCUUCUAAUAUGCAUGAACAGACUGAAGAAGGGGCAGAGGAAAUGCCUGAAAGAAGCAAUUAAUAAAGGCCUGCAGCUCCACUCUGUUUCCUCCCCAGCAAGAAUGAUCUACGAACUUUUUCUCUGCCACCCCUUCUGAUGGGGAAACAGUUGCCAGACUUAGUACUGAUUGAUUUGACUAGUGGGACAGCAGCUUCUGUUUAUGGAAGAGAACAGGGAACCCUCCACCAAGCAGACUGUGAUUGGAAACUGAGCAGCAGCUGCUUCUUCUGCCUCCUCCGCACAGCACAUGGCAGAGAGGGCCGUGGGCUGAAGAGAAAGGUGAAAGACCCCCUGAUGCAGCAAGGGGGCAGAAUGCAUGGAUGAAGGUUUGGAAUCGUAGAAGAUUUGGGUGAGGGUUGCUAGAGGAGGUCAAGGGAUCUACUAUAUGUGGGAAAUAAAAAAAAAGGAUAGCAAAUAUGAUAAAAAAUGAAAUAAAAACCUUAGCCAUGUAUUUUCAUGUGUAUACAUUUUGUAGUCUAAAGUUGGUCCACUUUUUUGUUAAGGCACCUUGUUUGACCUCAUCUGCUAUCAGAAAGAGGCAAAAGUUGGGUUCUGGUCAAAUGGUAGGUUGCAGGAACAGAAUCUUUCACAUUCUGUAUAUCAGAUACGCUGCAGACACAGAUCAGACUACCGUGAAACAAUUUAUUUUAAAACUUAAAAUGGAAUUAAUACUGUGAAAGCAACCAAUGUAGAUAUGCCAGUCCAUAACUGAUACACUGCAAUGUUUUCAAAGUGUUCAAAUGUUGGGCAACAAAGCCUAAAAUUAGUUUGUACUAAAAUGACUACACAUUAAUAGUUGCUUUGGUUAAUGGUUCAAAUUAUAUGAGCAAUAAAUGUU